AUGACCAUAAAAGACUUUGGUGACGAGCGUGGUUUUGGAGUCGUGGCAACUCAGACUUUUUCAAAGAACGACAUUGUUUGCGACUGCCACGGCAAGGUCAUCCCAGCUGCUCAAGGGAGGGCGAUGGUGCAGGCCCAGCAUGACGAGGCCGGGUACAUGUUCUUCUUUAAAGCCGGACAGAGAGAUCUCUGCGUCGACGCCCAGACCUUUCCGUGCGAGUGCCACCCUGGCAAAGACACCGUUGGGAGGAGGAUAAACCACUCCACAAAAGCGCCCAACCUGAAGCCCUUUCACUGCAGGUUACGUGUGAAUGGGGAGGACAAGGACGUCAUCCUCUUCAGGGCACUGAAGGACAUCAGUGUGGGCGUUGAACUACGGUUUGACUACGGGGUCAAAAGGAAGUCCUUCCGUGGAGAGGGCCUACACCUGGACUGGCUGGAUGGCUGA